GUCCGCUCUGCUAGUUCCAAGUUCUUUGAAACUUGUAGAGUCAGACACGCGCUGGGAUAGCUCUGAGCCGCCCUUGGAUUUGGAUAAACCCCUGAACGUUAUCAGAGCUGCUGAAGGCUGGAUAGCUAGCAGACAGCACGUGCAAAGGAAGCCGAAUGGGGCUUGUAAACUUCUAAAGGCUCCCUCCAUCACCCCCCACAUCUCCCCACCCUGUUUCCCUGCACCCUUUUACAAUAAACAAGCACAUAGAUCAUCAGGUGGAGUUGGAACGACACUGCUAAAUUAUGGAAGAUUUUGUAGCUGGCUGGAUCGGGGGUGCUACAAGUGUCAUUGUGGGUCAUCCUAUGGACACAGUUAAGACUCGCUUGCAAGCUGGAACAGGAUAUCAAAACACACUGAAUUGCAUUCUCACUACGUAUAAAAAGGAAAGUGUGACGGGGUUCUUUAAAGGAAUGUCUUUUCCACUGACAAGCUUUGCCGUCUACAGCUCUGUGGUGUUUGGUGUCUUCAGCAAUACCCAGAAGUUCCUCACCCAGUACCGCUAUGAAGAAUCUAACAGUUCAAGCUCCCUGUCAGAUUUAUUUCUGGCUAGCAUGAUGUCAGGCGUGGUUUCAGUAGGACUUGGAGGUCCUAUGGACCUGGUUAAGAUAAGGCUCCAGAUGCAAACAGAGCCCUUUCUUAAAGCAAACCUCCAUUCAAAGCCCAGAUCAAAGGACCUUUGGAACCGACCUAUGUACCAGGGACCUAUUCACUGUAUGACAUCAAUUGUCCAGAAGGAGGGCUUGGUGGGACUCUAUCGGGGGGCCAAUGCCAUGCUGCUAAGGGACGUCCCAGGCUAUUGCCUCUACUUCAUCCCUUAUGAGAUUAUCAGCGAAUGGAUCACUCCUGAUAACGACACAACCUCCAAUCCCUACACAGUGUGGUUGGCAGGGGGCAUUGCAGGAGCAAUUUCAUGGGGAACUGCCACUCCCAUGGAUGUUGUAAAAAGUCGACUCCAAGCAGAUGGAGUCUAUAACAAUAAGUACAAGGGUGUCAUGGAUUGUAUCUCCCAGAGUUACCAGAAGGAAGGAUUUAAAGUAAGCAACACUGAAGUGUUUUUCAAAGGAUUCACAGUGAAUACCAUCCGGGGGUUCCCAAUGAGUGCCACCAUGUUUCUUGGAUAUGAACUUUCACUCCAGAUAUUGAAGGGAAACCAAACAGUGACGAAUCCCUGAGUUCCAGGUCAACUUUGUUCAUUUGAGUGAUUUCAUCUGAGAAAGACUUUUUAUUCUCCUGAACCAACUCGCAGACUGUCCUCUGAAACUGGGAACUCUGGAGAAUUUUUUCAUGGAACACAUACUUCCUCAGCUGAAGACUAGCUCCCUCUUGACUUGCAUCUUUGCACCAUUUAUGCCUUCAGAGAUAUACUCGGCAAACUAGCUUUUUAAUGACCCUUUGUUCACAAAUUUUAAGAACCUCAAUCAUUAUUCCCUUGGCUGGAGUCAGAGAAUACAACACGUGGUCAAUGAAACAUCUCUCCUUCCCUCUGAAGGAAAGUUUUAUUGACAGUCAUUUACUCUGCAUCUGAUGUGGUCACUGGGUUAAAUAUAGGUUCAUUCUUGACAAGGCGUGGUGGACCUGGUUCACUAUAACCUUCUUAAAUUCUUUGGUCUCUUUGUGGACUUUGAAGU